UCGCCGGAGUAGACAUGCGCAUCCGCGUCAAAGGAGGUGGUCACACUUCUCAGAUUUAUGCCAUCAGGCAGAGUAUCGCGAAGGCACUUGUUGCUUACUACCAGAAGUAUGUCGAUGAACAGAGCAAGAAGGAGAUCAAGGAUAUCCUUGUGCGUUACGAUCGUACCUUGCUUGUUGCUGAUCCUAGGCGCUGUGAGCCUAAGAAGUUCGGUGGUCGUGGUGCUCGUGCUAGGUUCCAGAAGUCAUACCGUUGAAAUCGUUUAUUUGGAAGGGACGAAGAAAGAAAAACGAGGUGUUUUUUGGUUGUUUAUUUUAGCUUUCGGUUCAUGUUUUAUGCUGUGGAAAACUUUUUCUUUUAAUUCGUAGAAUUAUUAUCGAUUGAAUUGUUGUUUUAGUUGAACUUGUUAUUUAGGGUUUGUAUGCGAUUUUGCAAGAUUCACAUAAAUUAUGUUUUAGUUUUGAAAUUCUGCUUA